AUGCCUGAUGGGAACAUCAAGAAUCGGGUCUUGAACAUCUCCAAGCCGGUGCUGAAGCAGUAUUUGCAGCAGUAUCAGGAGCAAGAACCAUGUGCUGCAUCUCAAAUGUUGCAAACUUUGCCCUCCAAGAUGAACAAUCUUCCAAAACAACUUCGAAUGACGUUUGAGAAGAUGGAAUUUGUGCGCCUGGAUCACAGAUUGAUGGCUACUCCUGCAGCCAUGCCGACCAGGGUGACCAAAAGGAGUGUUACCAUGAAGUUUGGAAUUUUACAAGAUUUGUCUUUGAGAGAUGCCGUGGUGUUGUGCCCUCGAAAUCAUGAUCCUGAGAGCAUUCAGGAUGCCAAGGCUGAUGGCCGCCUUGAGAUGCUUGCUUUGGCUGAUGCAGAUCCGGAUUCUGCUGCUGAUGCGUUGAUCGUAAAACCCAAGCUGAAAGCUUCAGGUCAGAAGAGCAAGGUUCCAGAAGUUGCCAGUGUCCUGGACGAUUUGAAGAAGAAGUUGGCCGAUCGCAAGAACGGCAUCACUGAGGAAAAGCCUGAGAAAGAUGCAGUUCCUCAAAGAAAGGCCAAAGACAAAAAGAAACCAGUUCCCGAGGACAUCCCUGCGCCACCUCUGAAGCGCAGCAUCCAGGAAGUUGUCAAAUAUGAGGAAGCCAAGAAGCCAGCUUCAGUCCAGAAGAAGCCGGCCCGAACUAAAAAAAGUCUGCCUUCCAAAGUCAAGACGCCACAUGUGCCUAAGAAGCAGGAACCCAGACCCAUUCCUGCCUGGUGGAAUGACAAGGAAGAGCUUUUGAAAUCAUUUCCAGAGGACACCGACAAGCGCUUUGCCUCAAGGUGCUACCACUUUGUGAAGAAGAAUGAGAUGCGCAAAGGUGUUUCUAAGGACCUGGCUACCUUGAUUGCUCAAAGGGCUCACCAAGAAGCCAAAGAUCGUUGGCUGAAGUUGUCGAGCCGCUCGGUGACAAUGGCCACUGUGGACAACACCCUUGGAGACACGCAGCUGUAUCCUGAUCAACCUGGUGGAGGUGAAGAGCAGCCUGAUCAGGAAGCGGAGGAACCCGCUGAGGAAGUGCAACCUGCUGAGGAAGCGGCGCCAUCCGCUCCAAGUGUAGCCUCAGUCGAAGCAGAUCCCACCAACAGGGUCACCAAGAAAGGGCAUGCAACGCUGAGUUGCAAGACGUGCCACAACGUCACGUCGAUGCUUUACAAGUGCAUCAACAUGCAGACCGUGGGCUUCAAGGACAUUCCACCUGCACAGGCCGCUGACUUCUUUCAGAAAGCUGGCCAGCUCUGUGAGAAGUACGGCUCCCACGUCAAGGGACUGUUGCAGGACAAGCUGGUGGAGCAGGAGAUGCUCAAGCAGACUGUUGCUGUGCAUGGCAAAUUUCUGCCGUUGUCUGUUUGGGAGCAGAAGGGCUUCGACACCGAGCGCAUUAAGCAGAAUGCCGAGAAGCAGAGAAGUGACAUCUUCGAUUGGGUUUAUCGUGUGCCCAUCCUCGAGAUCAGCCACGAGAAAGUCACUGAAAAGGUUCGUCAGCGCUUGCUGCAAGCUGAGCGCAAGGUGGGAAAGCGAAAAGCCAGCCAGCAGAUGGAAGACGAAGACGUGGUGGACUUGGAGGUUGACACGAAGGCAAAGAGCAAGACGAAGAAGGUGCCCCAGGAAAAGAAGGAUGAAGCCAAGAAGGCCAAUGCGGUGGUCCUUGGAAAUGCCAGGAAGACUAUCAGGUUGUUGGAUCCUGUGGCCAAAGAAGCCAAAAAGGCUUGCAAGGACGGGACUGCACGGAUGAUCUCGAAGCGGAGACGGAAGGGUUUCUGA